UUUUGAAUUCAAUCAAAUUUCAAAUUUUGCUUCUCCGCUCCCUUUCUCUCUCUAUCGACAGGCUCUUGCUCUCUCGCCGUCUAGUCAACAGUACGGUGAUCGGAAAAAUGGAUAAGAUACCCACAGAGACUGACGCUCGCGACCCUGAGAAGCCAUGGUCCCUAGCAGAUUUCGAGAUCGGGAGACCGUUAGGCAAAGGCAAAUUUGGCAGAGUCUAUCUCGCUCGAGAAGCCAAGAGUCAUUUCGUGGUGGCGUUGAAAGUGAUAUUCAAGGAGCAGAUUGAGAAGUAUAAGCUUCAUCAUCAGCUUAGGAGAGAGAUGGAGAUCCAAACGAGUCUAAGGCACCCCAAUAUCCUGCGUCUCUACGGUUGGUUCGACGACGAUGAACGAAUUUUCUUGAUUCUCGAGUAUGCUCAUGGUGGUGAGCUCUAUGGCCUUCUCAAAAAGAAUGGACACCUUACCGAGCAACAAGCCGCCACAUACAUUUCAAGUCUCAGUCAGGCACUGGCCUAUUGUCAUGGAAAAUGUGUGAUUCACAGAGACAUCAAACCUGAAAACUUGUUGCUCGAUCAUGAGGGAAGAUUGAAAAUCGCCGACUUUGGGUGGUCAGUGCAGUCAAGUAACAAGAGGAAAACAAUGUGUGGAACGUUAGAUUACUUAGCACCUGAGAUGGUAGAAAACAGAGAUCAUGAUCACGCCGUUGAUAACUGGACCUUAGGUAUACUGUGUUAUGAGUUUCUCUAUGGCAACCCUCCAUUCGAAGCCGAGAAUCAAAGGGAUACAUUCAAGAGAAUUGUUAAGAUCGAUCUGAGUUUUCCUCCUACACCAAAUAUUUCAGAUGAAGCCAAAAAUCUCAUCUGUCAGCUCCUUGUUAAGGAUCCCUCGAAACGGCUCUCUAUUCAGAAGAUCAUGCAACAUCCUUGGAUCGUCAAGAACGCGGAUCCUAAAGGUGUGUGCUUCACGUGAUGCUAUUCUCCAAAUCUCAGGACAAUUUGCUUAUGGGAAGAAAGUUUUAGAAGUCAGAGGACGCAC